AUGGCUGUUACUGAAUGCGAAAAAAAUUGGUACAGCAACUAUAAAGAGCUUAUGCCUGUUCGACAAAAAAUUAAUGAAUUGGCCUGCUCGACAUAUUAUCAUCGUUUCACAAAACAACUCGGAUUGGCUACUGCUUUGAUUGCUGAGAUCAACCGAAUGCACACCAGCUGCACUAAACUUAGACAUGAAGAUCACGCUCGCGCUCGUGAAUUGGUUUUAUUCUGUAAGGAAAUUUUGGAAGAAGUUGAGGAGAAAGCAGCUGCUAUUGGAAUGAGCAGCACUAUCAUCUAA